GCCGCGGGCGCCGCUGCAGGCGACGAGCCAGUUUUCCACAGAAUGCUACCGGGACUUCUUUGUGGACACGGCCUUGGUGCCCUUCAUGUCGCGCUCGGUCUCACUGCUCGAAGAGUUAGCUGAAACAGAUGACGCGAUCAAUCUGAACAGGCGCGGCUACUGCUUCUUUGCAGGGUCUGAUGCCGGAACGAAGGCCUUGGAGCGCUUCGGUGUCCAAGCCUCCAGCUUCGGCGCCGGGCCCUUGCGGCGCCACGAUGGAAGCGCUGGACGUGGACUGGCGGAGUAUGAGAGGAGUCCCGCCAAUGGAUUUCGGGGCCCCACGGGCUUGGACCUCGUCUACGGCCCGGAGCUCAUCCAGGAGAUCUACCCCUUUGUGACCUCGAAGGCACAGGUCAUGCUCCACGCCCGCCGCUGCGGAUGGCUGGACGCGCAGGCUUUGGGCCGGGCGAUGUUGACUGCGUCGGGCGGGCAAGUGCUGCGUGGCGAGGUGGUCGGCUUCGACACCCACCAGGGCGCCGUGACCGCAGUGCAGGUCCAACAGAACGACGGUGUAGCAGUGUCGCUGAAGUGUGACGCCUUUGUGAAUGCAGCAGGCGCUUGGAUGGAAAGGGUGAACAAGCUGCUGGAGGCGCCGCCGUUGCCUUUGAAGAACGAGGUUCACGCCAAAGUGAUCCUCAACGACGUGCAGGGCGUGAUCCCGCAGACCGCCCCUUUCAUGGUCUGGCGCGACCAAGUGGACCUGGACUGGGAGGAAGACAUGAAGGAGUUCCUCUUGGAGCUGGAUGACACCGCAACUGGUGGAAUGGUGAACUCAGCUUCCUGGUUGGCCAAGCAACCAGGAGGCCAGCAUUUGCGCCCCUGUGGCAAUGGCCGUGUGCUGCUCCUUUGGGAGCAUCUCCACCGGCACGUGCCAGUGCCGGAGGAUCCUGAAAUGCCCAUCAGCGAUUUCUUGGAGAUGUAUCCGGAGCUUUGCGUGAGAGGCCUCAAAGAGAUGGUGCCCGGCCUCGGUGGGUACGUGGAGGGCUUGGGGAAGGACACCAGCGUUGAUGGAGGCUACUACACCGUCAUGCCGGAUGGCCGCCCACUGGUGAGCCCUCACGGUGCCUCCAACGCUUAUGUCUGUGGAGGCACGAGCAACGCCUGGCACGAGCGGAGCUGAGAGGACUUCGGCGCCCGAGGCAUGGGCACCUACGGCUUGAUGGGCUCACCUGCUGCAGGAGAGCUGCUGGCCAUGCAUCUUCUGCAGGAGCCUUUGCCCAGCUACGCGGACGCCUGCCUGUGGCCGCGGCGCAGCGUGCCUGAAGAAGAGGUCAUUGACCUGUUGGACGAGUCCAGCUAGCGCCGAAGCCGAACUCGCCGAACUGCGCGGCCCAGCUGGUCGCCACACCUCGUCGCUGUGGCGUUCAGCGGCGGACUCGAUGCGUUCAGCGGCCGCGUUCAGCGAGCCACGGAGGAGAUGACGAUGACUUGGCCAACAGCGAAAACGGUCUCAAAGCACCCUCACUCCGGCACCCUUUCCACCUUCUCUGAGAAAGUGAUCGGUCACAGCAGAUGUUAACACCCUGGACGACAGAUGACAGGCUCGCGUGGCUUGACAGCGGCAUCUUGAACACCUUUGUGCCAUGGAGGAAGCGCUCUGGAUUGAUCCUG